CCGUCGGUCACGGAGCCGCUCCCGCCUGACUAGCUGAGUUCGCAAGCUUUUACAGCCGUUCGCGCUGGCCGCUCUGGCGGCUGAAGGGACGAACGUGGCUAGUCUGUGAGCCUUGUGUGCAGCUCUGCUGCCGCAGCUACUUGCGCUUGCGACGAGGCUUCGGGGUUUCCAUUCAGUAAGUGUGACAGAGGUGGCAGGAGGUGGGUACGCAGGGGCUUCUAGACAAGCCUGUUUUCGUUCCGGCCGGCCGGAAGUCGCGUUUUCCUGCGGCCGCUGCAUCGCUAAGGGUGUACAAUGAAUCCCAGUAUGAAGCAGAAACAAGAAGGAAUCCAAGAGAAUGAAAAGAAUAGUCCUGUCCCUAGAAGAACUCUGAAGAUGAUUCAGCCUUCUGCUGCUGGAUCUCUUGUUGGAAGAGAAAAUGAGGUGGUUAAAGGCUUGUCUAAAAGGAAACAUUGGAGCAACCAGUUAACAUCUAAGACUUCCAGUUCUGGGGUUAUUGUCCCAGAACAUAGUGAAAAUAAAAAUUUUGGAGAAGUUAGUCAAGAAGCAUUUGAUCUUCUGAUUACAGAAAAUCCAUCCUCUCAAUAUUGGAAAGAAGUGGCAGAAAAACGGAGGAAGGCUCUCUAUGAAGCACUUAAAGAAAAUGAGAAACUUCAUAAAGAAAUUGAAGAAAAGGACAAUGAAAUUGCCCGCCUGGAGAAGGAGAAUAAAGAAUUGGCAGAAGUAGCAGAACACGUACAAUAUAUGGCAGAAGUAAUAGAGAGACUGAAUGGUGAACCUCUGGAUAACUUUGAAUCACCAGAUAGUCAAGAAUUUGAAUUUGAUUCUGAAGAGGAAACUGGUGAAGAUUCCGAAGUGGAAGACUCAGAAAUUGGUACAUGUGCUGAAGAAACUGUAUCUUCCUCUACAGAUGGAAAACCAUGUAUGUGAAAUUCAUUAAUAUUUGACUCUUGAGAAAUACACUGCCAAAGUUUACCUUGACCAUAGUUCUUUGUAGCAGAACAAAUAACAUAAUGUAAACUUGGGAUUAAACUUCCUUGUUUGAUUCCUGGGACGCUGUUGUAUUAAAAUACAAAUACUAUGUAUUUUUAAUCUAUGAUGUUUUAUGUAAGUAGCAUUUUCUCAGUUGUCAGACAUGACUUGUGUAUAUGAUAAAUAAACCAGUCUCCUAUU